AUACAGAAAUCCAACCAUCACUGAACAAAGCUUAUUUUCUGUUACACACCACUCAUUGUGUAUAUGCUGAUCGUUGAAGAAUGAUGAUAACAUGAUAAUUUCUCACAAACCCUUUCUUCUGUGAUUGCUAAAUACUACAGCACCUGGAACUGGAAAGAAGCAAUAUUUAGUUUUCUACUCUCACAGAAAUCAUCGACGGAGAGGAAUGUCGAACGCCGUCGUGAAUGGCCUUGCCGGAGCCGGCGGAGGUAUCAUUGCUCAAAUCAUCACCUAUCCUCUUCAAUCGGUCAACACGCGCCAACAAACAGAGAGAGUCGCAAAGAAAUCUCAGUCUCAAGGAUCGUCUGGUGGCACACUUGUUCAAAUGCUUCAGGUUAUCAGAAGUGAAGGUCUUGGAGGACUAUACAGUGGCCUUAAGCCUUCUCUUCUUGGAACUGCUACAUCACAGGGGAUUUAUUACUAUUUUUACCAGGUAUUUAAAAACAAAGCUGAAUCUAUUGCAGCUGCCAAUAAAAGAAAGGGUCAUGGGGAUGGGACAGUUGGCAUGUUGUCAUGGCUUGUUGUGGCAGCUUUAGCAGGGGCGUUGAAUGUAUUGUUUACAAACCCAAUAUGGGUUCUUGUGACACGUAUGCAGACACAUACUCAAGCAGAACAGAAGAUUCUAGAAGCAAAGAAGGAAGCUCUGAUUAGAGAAAGUGGAUUCAUAGGUUCUUCAUUGCAUGAUAAGUUGCGUGAACUUGAUUCUGUGAAGCCUAAUCCCUAUGGGACAUUUCAAGCGGCAUAUGAGGUUUAUAAUGAAGCUGGAAUAAGAGGAUUUUGGAAAGGCAUCAUCCCAACUAUGAUCAUGGUGUGCAAUCCCUCAAUCCAGUUCAUGAUCUAUGAAAGCUCUAUAAAGCACUUGAAAAAGAAACGAGCUGAUAAAAAACAGAGUUCAGUUAAAGUUUCUGCUCUCGAGGUGUUCUUAGUAGGUGCAAUUGCAAAACUUGGAGCAACUGUGACAACAUACCCCUUGUUAGUUGUCAAGUCGAGACUUCAAGCAAAGCAAGAAAUCAGUACAAACAAUUCGUUGAGAUAUUCGGGUACGAUGGAUGCAAUUGUAAAGAUGAUUCAUUAUGAAGGAUUUUCAAGCUUCUAUAAAGGAAUGAGCACAAAGAUUGUACAGAGUGUAUUUGCAGCCUCUGUGCUUUUCAUGAUUAAGGAGGAGCUUGUUAAGCUUUAUGCAUUAUUAGCAAACAAGAUUUUAUUAUUAAAAUUGUCAAAAUAGUACAAAUAGUGAUCUUGUG